AUGGUUAACUCGUACGGAGCAGACGCCCGGACUGCAUCUCUUUCCGGCAAACAAUUGCAGUCGCUCAAAUGGGAGGGAGGCAUGCGUUUUGCACUUUCGGCUUCUAAAGCCAAAGUAGGGCUGCAGGGCAAGGGAGAGCGGGAAGGUGCAUUGCCCUUAGACCGCUCCCAACCACUGUCGCUCACAAGCAGCGCAGCGACAAAGCACCACAACAAUCCGCUUUACCCGCGCUCGAACGGAUCGCUCUUGACGCGGCCGCAGAGGCAGACGAUGGUCUUGUCCACGGACAGCACGAUGAGGGAGUCGCGGCCCAGGACGGCGCCGACCUCGCAGUUGGCCUCCUUGCACUUCAUCGCGCUCGCGAUCGGAGCGGAGGGCAUGGGGGGGCUCGCGAGCCGACGCGGGCCGCUCGGGCGCGCGUUUUGGCGCCGACUGGCCGCUCGGCCGGCGCUCUCGUGCGAGCGCCGCAGACUGUGGCACGGCGCCGCGCGCCGGCGCGACUCCCGUUACCUCACCGAGUGGCCGACCCCGCCAGCACCCCUGCUCGGCGGAUCCGUGCGCCACCUAACCCGAGCGCGAAUUGCAAUUACAGACCCU